CUAAACUUGGUGUUAGACUGGUUCUAGUUAGCGACUUUUGUCUCACCGGCAUACAGACUGACUCAGCCGCGGUGGCGGAGCAAUGUUUAUGUGUACUAACAGCUAGAAAUAUAGUUUCACUUUUUAAUUUUGUUUAGCUUGCUUCAGCUUUUGUCGCUGAACUUAUUGUCGUUGGACUUAUAUUACCCAAGAGUUGCCCGAUAGUCUUAACCUGUUCUCGAAGAGCUAAGUCGCUAGCUUCUACUUGGAAACAGUGGGCAGUUCUUCUCACUGCUACGCAUUAUUAAAAAGUGUCACCAUGCUGCAGUAAUUGAAUAAGAGAUUGAUGAAGAUCACAAUGAGCUCCACGUUGGGGCCUCAGUGCAACAAUGGGAACUGCUCGACCAACAGCUCCAAAGAAUUCUGCUACUCGGGCCGAAUUCGCAGCACUGUGCUCCAAGGAUUACCGUUUGGGGGUGUCCCUACUGUCCUUGCCCUUGACUUUAUGUGCUUUUUGCUGCUGCUGUUCGUGUUUUCUGUGUUGAGGAAGCGAGCAUGGGACUAUGGGCGCCUCGCCCUGGUGACUGACGCCGAUAGCUUGAAGUUCUUCUGUGUUAGCGUGCCGCAUGAGCCACACAGACUGGACAUUGGCGGGGAGAGCGUAAAUUCCCCUCUGCCAGAACCAAAUGAACGCUAUGCACGCCUCACGUCCGUAUCAAGCUCAAUGGACAUGGACCCAAGAGAUAUAGGCUUUUGCUCCUGGCUAACAGCCGUCUUCCGCAUCAAGGAAGAGGAAAUAAGGGACAAGUGUGGUGAAGAUGCUGUUCACUACUUGUCUUUCCAGAGGCACAUCAUUGGCCUGCUUGUAGUCGUGGGUGUGCUCUCUGUGGGCAUAAUCUUGCCUGUUAACUUCUCGGGGAACCUUUUAGAUGACACUGCCUAUAGUUUUCCACGAACCACUAUAGGAAAUCUAGAUACAGAGAACAAACUACUAUGGCUACACACUAGCUUUGCAUUUCUCUACCUGCUGCUGACAGUGUACAGCAUGAGGCGGCACACGUCAAAGAUGCGCUACAAAGAGGACGAUUUGGUGAAACGCACUUUAUUUGUCAAUGGCAUCUCACAAUAUGCAGAAGAGAGGGAGAUAAAGCAACACUUUGAGCUUGCAUACGAAAACUGCACUGUCCUUGACGCUCGUAUCUGUUACGAUGUAUCGAAGCUGAUGUAUCUCAGCUCUGAAAGGAAGAAGGUAGAGCGUAGCAAGAAAUUCUUUCUUGACCUACAAGAUAAAGAGCAUGAGAAAACCAUGAUUAACCCCAAGCCUUGUGGACACCUUUGCUGUUGCAUCAUUAAAGGCUGCGAACAGGAAGAAGCUGUGAGUUAUUAUACCAAGCUUGAGGCGCAAUUAAGGGAUGAAUACCGGAAAGAGAGAGAGAAAGUUAACAAGAAGCCUUUAGGAAUGGCCUUCGUCACUUUUCAACAUGAGAGCACAACUAGCACAAUUUUAAAGGACUUUAAUGCUUGCAAGUGCCAAGGCUGCUCCUGCCGUCGUGAACCCAAGAGUUCGCAGUUCAGCUCCAGGCUGCACACCUCCAACUGGACCGUCACUUAUGCCCCUGAUCCACAAAACGUGUACUGGGAGCAUCUGUCAGUGGGAGGGUUCAAAUGGUGGGCCCGCUGCUUCAUCAUCAACUGCGUCCUCUUCCUUCUCUUGUUCUUUCUGACCACCCCAGCCAUCAUCAUCACCACCAUGGACAAGUUUAACGUCACCAAACCAGUGGAGUACUUAAAUAACCCCAUCGUAACCCAGUUCUUCCCCACCCUCCUGCUGUGGUCUUUCUCUGCUUUGCUUCCCACCAUUGUCUACUACUCCGCUUUCUUCGAAGCCCACUGGACCCGGUCAGGAGAGAACAGAACCACAAUGCACAAAUGCUACACUUUCUUGAUCUUUAUGGUCCUUUUGCUGCCCUCCCUUGGACUCAGCAGUUUGGAUGUUUUCUUCCGCUGGCUUUUUGACAAAAGUUUCUUGGAUGAAGCUACAGUGAGGUUUGAGUGUGUGUUCCUCCCUGACAAUGGAGCCUUCUUUGUGAACUAUGUCAUUGCUUCUGCAUUCAUUGGUAAUGCUAACGACCUGUUGAGGAUCCCCGGUUUACUGAUGUACAUGAUCCGCCUGUCCUUGGCCCGCUCCGCAGCCGAGAGGAGGAACGUCAAAAAGCACCAAGCUUAUGAGUUCCAGUUUGGGGCAGCUUAUGCCUGGAUGAUGUGUGUCUUCACUGUGGUUAUGACCUACAGCAUCACCUGCCCGAUCAUCGUCCCGUUUGGGCUGAUGUACAUGCUGCUGAAACACCUAGCAGAUAGGUACAACAUGUACUAUGCCUAUCUGCCAACAAAACUGGAUAAGAAGAUUCACUAUGGAGCUGUUAACCAGGUGGUGGCAGCUCCUAUCCUCUGCCUCUUUUGGCUUCUGUUCUUUUCCACGGUGCGCUCCGGGUUUACUGCUUCAACAUCCAUGUUCACUUUUGUGGUUCUGAUCAUCACAAUCAUCAUUUGCCUUUCUCACGUCUGCUUUGGGCAUUUUAAAUACUUAAGUGCUCACAACUACAAGACUGACUCAGAAGUGGAUGGAAUGGAGAACGGACGUUCAGCAAGCCCUUCAUCUAGUGGCAAGACAACGCAAACAUACAUAUGUCAAGUACUUCAAGAUCCCUCGUCGGAGGAGGCCGGAUCAGGCAACGGAGAGGACGACGGACAGGGGUCCUCGCAAGACGAGGAAAUGAUCCAGGCUGGAAACAACCUGACCGGCGACUUCCAGUCCGGGGAAGCCAGCCUCAUUGAGAACGAGGUGCGGCAGUGAGGCAGUCUGGGACACGAAGACUAAUGUCAAACGAAACUUGAUGAGUGCACUAAAUGUGUGACGUUAACAUGGAAGUGAACCAGCAGUUCACCAAAGCAUCUCAGCCUCCAUCAAGGGACCUUCUCCUGACUAACAUAAGCACACCAUCUACUAAGGAUUCAGUGGUUGUUUCUCAAGGAUGUCUUCUUCAUUAGGUCUCCUAAAAGAACAUCGAGUGAGGCAAGAGUGGAAAAGACGAGGUUCUACCCAAACACUGCAUAUCAACCAAUGGCAGAAGAUGCUGAUGCACAAAUGAAGAGUUUUUGCCUUUUUUUGUGAAGGGAGAAAAGUUCUCUGUAUUUCCUUAACUUUAUUGUACUUGAAUGUUAGAAACAGGGAGCUCAGGUUUCUCUGAGGUACUGCAUUAUCACAUGCAAAUUCAAAGGAUGGAGCAACUGUUUUGUUUUUUUGUUGUUUUUUUCUCAUAAUGCUUCAUCUGUGUGUCUGUCAGCUUUAGAUGCUUCCCAUGAAUUAGCAGCGUAGUAAUGUCGGCCUAACUGGAGCUUUUGCGACAGAUUUAAAACGGCUCUUCCUAUUCCAUAGGAUCCUUUAAAGAUAAAAAAAAUGCUACUAACACUCCUGGAGGCUUUGACACUAUAUCUAUGAAACUCUGGAUUUGUGAAGUAGCCUUUUUUUGACCUGGUAUUUAUUGUAAGCAUGAUAUUUUUAAAUUCUGUCCAGCUUGAUGCUACUUUAAACUGUGGACUACAGUAUUUAAUUCAUCCUAGCACACUACACUGGCACAAUGGCUCUGCCUCUGAGCCUUUGUAGGGACUGCUGCUCCUGAUGUUGCCCUCCCAACUAUGCCAGAAUAGGGCGGGGUUUCUUGCACAGCUGCCGCAGCAGAAACUGGAGGCUGAGAAUCUGUUGCUGAGAGGAGGCCUUUUCAGAUGACACUAUGACUAGUUCUUUAUGCAUAGUUUUUGUUUAAAUCUUCUCGUUAAUGUUUACAGCUUGAAGUAGAGGUUAGAGAAGAGGCAUCAAAUUUAGAUGGCUGCUUAAAGUUUUAUGAUUUGGUUAAAUUCAUUUCUCACCCUAUCCGUCUUCACAAGCUUUUUAUUUAGACACUUUGUGACGUGCAGUAGCAGUCAGAUGUUUAUCCAACACAUCAUCGGAGUGAAGCAGGCGAUGGGGCUUAACAACAAUCAAAUUCCGCAAACGUGUUUAAACAAAGCUAACUGGGUGCACUAGUUUGUGGGUUUGGACAAAUUUCAAUACAUGUCCAUAAAUAAGAUGUAGAGAAACCUCGGUUUUUGUUGUCAUGAACAAAUUUCUGACAGAUUUUUUUGUCUCAGUAUUUGCCCACUCUUCACAUCAGAAAUGGCUGACUUCAUAUAAGCUGGCUGUCUUUCUUUCAUGAGGUCUUUGCAUUGUUACAGAAGCUUAAUUUCUUGCUGUAUCAAUUCCAUGAAUGUUUGGGAACAUUGCACUGAUGAGACUCCUGAAUAUGCAUCGAGCUGCUAAUUUGAGGUGAAGUUGAAGAGUUUGGAGGUAGCCUCCUUAAUAUUCCACAAAGUCAGCCUCUUAAAUUGGCAGGGAAACAAUCUCUUAGCACGAUGCAUGACAGUUGGUACAUUGUCAUCGUGAUCAGAUUUCAGUUCAGUUUGGAGCAGGAGCCUUUUAUCUUGAUACCUUCCAGUUUUAUAUUCCUGAGCCUGGUUGGUUCCUGAAUAUUGUUAACAAGUUCAGGUGGUUGAAACUUGGACUUCAUCAGCUUCAUCAAUGAUUCUUUGCACUCGUCAAAACUGAUCUUGUAAUGGAUAAAGUUAAAAUCAUUAAGCUUCUGGAGUGGUACUGACUGAAUUCUUAUUUUUGAAACUUCCUUGGAGUUAUUUGUCAUUUGAUCAAUUCCCUCUUGAAUAAAAUAGACUCAUGCAUAAAAAAAACUCAAAUUAACAGCAUGCCAAUGAUGAUUGUGAACAACUGACUCAUACUUUAUGUUGGAAACGUUGAGUUCCUUUAGUAUUUGAGUUCUGUUACAAGUUCUCAUUGCUCUAUACCGAAAGCAGAGGUCAGCAGUUUUUCCAAUAACAUGUCAGGACUUGGCAUGUUAUCCCUCACGUUAUAGAUACUCCAAUGAAGAAGUUUUACAUUUUUGUACCACUUUAAAAAAAAUGUAACUAUAAAAGAAGAAAUCACCUGCCCUACAAGGACGACUCCAUACUUAUCGUCCAGAUUAAUUUAACAUAUUCAUAAUCUGCUUCUCUGAAGUAUCUUCUCAUUGACUCUAACCAAAUGCUAACAUGUCAUAACAAAUCAUUUAAAAUCUAGUGCCCAUGCAGUUUCUCAGGAUCUUUUGAAUUUUGACUUUUAAUUUUAUUUUUUUUAAACAGACUAUGACUUGCCCCAUUAAUCUUCAAGGAAACCAUUGGUAAAUAAUGCAACAACAAAAAAACAACCACUAAUUAAUCACUGUUGGAUAUAAUGCACUAAUCUUUUUCUCACUGAUAUGACUAACAAAGAGUAGCACGUGGUAUCUGCCAAAAUGGCAUCCAUUUGGUUUGAUGGCACCAUUCGUUGAAUCAUCACUGUUCGAGUAAGACUGUUGACCUGACACUACUGUAUUUAUCUGCUGCUUCUCUUGUCAUGAUAAAGUGACUUGCUUUAUACCUCUUCUAUACAUGUGAGAUAACUGCAAAUCUCUGAAUGUGUCCAGUCAGAAUAACAAACACUGUCACACUGUGAGGAAGAUGUUUUUUUUUUAGCACCAAAUGUAGUCUUUGUUUGAUAAAUAAAAUGUUACUAAUGACUCUCUGAAAGAACUGUUUCCCUGCUAAUCAGGAAUUGAACAUUUUAUACUGUAGCUACUCAUCUAUGUCUAGUUGUUUGUCUUUGCAUUUCAUUGGAUUCUUAAAGCUGAUCAUUUGUUUCAUUUGUACUCAUUUAGUUCUGUUUAAAUUACUGGAAUAACUGGAAAGAAAUAUUUUGUUUUCAUCAACAGAUCAUCAUAAUAAUGUCUCCACUAUAUAUUUAGAAAAAAACUGGCAAAAUGUGUGUGCACAUUAAAUAUGUUUAAAUAUCUGUUUUGUAGAUUAAUGUUACAUGUUAAAGUAAUGGCAGAUUUCAGCCUUUAACUCUGUCAUUGUCUCCAUUGCCCCAUGCAGAUAUUUGUCGUAUGCAUUGGAGAUGUCUCAUCAAUAAAUCUGCAUCUAAUCAAC